GUUAUGGUGCGAACCGGACCCAGGAGAGGCAAAGGACCGCAAGAGCAGCGGCUCGAAAACGAUGGAGGUUUUCACCCAGAGAAGCGCAAGAUCGCCAGAGUAGUAAGCUCCACAUACCGGCACGGCAACCGGGCGGACUUCUACCUAGACGGCAAGAAGAUUGCGCUGGAUUCGGGCCGCUGGGCAUUCCACGAACAAAACAGGCGUGGCUUCAACAUCGUCACGCUGGAUCCGGACUCUCAGCAGAUCCUCUCGGCGAUGUCCUACGACACAGCUUCCGGUGGCAAUGUUGCCGUAAGCCAGCUGGCUACGGAUCUCAAUUCGCUGCCGGAGGUUCAUCCAACCAUGCAGGUCCUCUCCAAGGCCCAGUCCAAGCAGAUGUGGCAGCACAGCAACAAUGUCGCCACACCUGGGCUGCAUCGAACGGAAAGUUGUUUCGAGACGGCUAGGAGCUCUGCGGACUGUAUAGCAUCUGAAAACUGCAAGUAUGAGCACCAGUGUCGAGUCCGAGUGUCCAAGCCUUCGGUUGGCACUCUGAGGCCAUUCGAGCACUGCGGCGCGUCAGCUGCUCAAGUAUCUUUUCGUUUGGUGAUGCCUGUGCUGAACCACACACAACAGGUUGAAGCAGAUGACUCAGGUGGGUGCUACCUCGAUGGUGUCAGGCGGACGGUCGCAGGAGGGCUACGUGCUCAUCGGCAUGAAGGGAGGCGGGGCAAGGCGGACAGCGAGGCAUCUCGAGACCGGCUUGGCUACGAGGUGAUGCCGUUGCUGAGCGGCGUGGGCAUCACGUCGAGGUGGAGGGGGUGCUUCCGCGACCUCCUUGGCAGGAGCCUCUAA